UAAUUAUCAAUAAAUAAAAAAUAUUUGAUAAAAUAAAGUUGAGCACAUAGUGUGCAAUUAAAACCACUUAUUCAUUUUUAUCUGCUGUUAAAAGGGUCCUUGCCAGCAUUCCUACGACACUUAAAAAGUUUCGAUGCAUUUCUAAACUAUAAAGUAUUUAGAAAUAACAAAAUGUUUGUCUAUCUGAGCAAAAAGAUAGCAAUACCAAAUAAUUUCCGUUUGAAUUGUAUAGCAUGGAAUCAAAAAGAAGGAUAUAUUGCAGUAGGUGGAGAGGAUGGUCUUUUAAAAGUACUGCGAGUAGAAUCUGUGAUGGGUAUUAAUAACAUGAAUGGAAAGUCGCGUAAUUUGACUGCUGCUAGUAAUCUGAGUAUGAAUCAAACUUUGGAAGGUCACAAUGGUCAUGUACAAGUAGUUACCUGGAACGAAGAACAUCAAAAGCUUACGUCAAGUGAUCAGAACGGUGUCAUCAUUGUUUGGAUGAUGUAUAAAGGUUCUUGGUAUGAGGAAAUGAUUAAUAAUCGUAACAAAUCUGUUGUUAAAAGUAUGUCGUGGAGUCAAGAUGGUCAAAAGAUUUGUAUUGUAUACGAGGAUGGUGCUGUUAUUGUUGGUUCUGUUGAUGGUAACAGAAUUUGGGGAAAGGAAUUGAAAAAUGUUUCUUUAUGCAGCGUACAGUGGUCACCUGAUGGGAAAUUACUUUUAUUUGGAUUAAAGAAUGGUGAACUUCACUUGUAUGACAAUCAAGGGAUAUUUUUAACUAAGUUAAAUAUGAUACAACAAAUACCUGGCCAAUUACAAACAAUAGUUACAUUGCAGUGGUAUAAUGGGAGAAAUGGAUAUAUCGCGAUGGAUUGUCCUACUUUAGCUAUUUGUUAUCAAAGCGGUAAAAUAUUAUUAAUAAAAGAUACCAAUGAUGACAACCCAGUUGUCAUAGAAACUGGUAUGACCACUGCGUGGUGUUGUUGGAAUUGUCAUGGUUCUAUAUUAGCUGUAACUGGUAUGAUGCCAUUUUUAACUAAUGGAGAAACAAAGGAUGUUAAUGCUAUACAAUUUUAUACUCAAUUUGGAGAACACAUAAGAACUUUAAAAAUACCUGGUAGAGAAGUAACAGCUUGCGCAUGGGAGGGUGGUUCAUUGAGAGUUGCUUUGUCUGUUGAUUCUCAUAUAUAUUUUGCUAAUAUACGUCCAGAUUAUAAGUGGACUUAUUUCAGUAAUACCGUUGUAUUUACUAAUGAAAAAAUUAGUAAAGAUGGCAUAUGUAUUACAUUCUGGAAUACUAGUAAUAAUACAUGCUGCACUAAAUUUGUACGUACUCUAAUUUCUAUAGCUUCCUGCGAAGAACAUUGUGUUCUAGCAGUGAAGAACGAUCUAAUGCAAGGAUCGGAACAAUUUGCAUUAUUAGUUUGUAAUACCAUAGCCACGCCAAUAGAUACUAAAUUUUUAGAUAUGGAACCUUUGUAUGUGACUAUUACUAGUAACAUUGUUAUUGCUGCAUCUAAAAAUAAUUUUAUACUUUGGACUUUUCGAACGCCACGUAAUUCGGCAUUACUUGCCGGAAAAUUACGUAAAGAAAAAAUUUAUCACGUUGAUGAUACUCCAACCGGAGUAACAGAAGUUAUACAGGAUUUGGAUAGAGAUAGAUCUUUUGAAUCGCCUACGAGCACCAAGCCUACGAUGGACCCAAUUUCAUGCAUUUGUGCAACUGAGAAACUUUUCCUUAUUGGAAGAGAAUCUGGAAUGAUACAACGUUAUUCUUUACCACAAGUUACUCUUAUGAAUCGAUAUAAUGCAUCUUGCAAACUUUAUAAAAUGGCUAUAAAUUGUGAUUCAACUCGUAUUUCCAUUAUGGACACGUCUGGAGUUCUUACUAUGUUAGAUUUAGAUAUACAUAAAGGUACUGAUUCUAUGAAUACGAAGACAGGAGAUGAUGUAAGCAAAUUUGAAAGGAAAGAUGUAUGGGGAAUGUGUUGGGCUCAAGACAAUCCUCUGUUACUUGCAAUUAUGGAGAAAACAAGAAUGUAUGUUUUAAGAGGAUUAGAUCCAGAAGAACCUAUAUCGUGUUAUGGAUAUAUUUGUUUCUUUCAAGAUUUAGAAAUACGAUGUGUUUUAUUGGAUGAUCUAAUCGAAAAACCAGAUGAAAUAAAAAAUGAUUUAAUAAUAGAUUUGGAAGUAAAAUCAUUAAGAGAUACGAGAGAACUUUUAGCAAAAGUUGGAUUGAAAGAAGCUAAUAAUUUUAUUCAAGAUAAUCCGCAUCCUCGAUUAUGGAGAUUAUUGGCCGAGUCAGCGUUAAAGGUAUUAGAUUUAGAGACUGCUGAAAAUGCAAUGGUUCGUUGUACGGAUUACUUGGGUAUACAAUUUAUUAAACGUUUAAGAAAUGUUCAUAAUGAUCAGUUGAAAAAGGCAGAAGUUGCUGCAUUUCUUGGAAAUUAUGACGAAGCUGAGAAAUUGUAUUUGGAUAUGGAUAGAAGAGAUCUUGCUAUAACGUUGCGUCAAAAAUUGGGUGAUUAUUUUCGAGUAGUCCAAUUGAUGAAAAUGGGGAUCGGUGGAUCUGACAAGCAAAUGGAGCAUGCAUUCAAUAAGAUAGGAGAUUCUUUUGCUGAAAGACAAAAUUGGGAAGGUGCUAGAGAGUAUUAUGAGAAGGGACGUAAUUUAGAGAAACUUAUUCAAUGUUAUUACAAACUGGAAGAUUUUAUACAGCUGGCAGGAACAGUAGAUCAAUUACCCGAUAAAAGUCCAAUUUUAAAAACUGUUGCAAAAAUGUUGUCUUCGGUAGGUAUGUGUUCGCAGGCAGUUACAGCUUAUAUCAAAUAUGGUGAUGUUAAAUUAGCAGUAGAUACAUGCGUACGCCUUAACCAUUGGGACCAAGCUAUAGAUUUAGCCAAAACUUACAAAAUGGCACAAAUUGGUGAAUUAUUGAACAAAUAUGCUAAUCAUCUUUUAACUAAUGGUAAGAGAUUGCAAGCUAUUGAAUUAUAUAAGAAAGCUAAUUAUUAUUUGGAAGCUGCUAAAUUGUUGAUACAACUUGCGGAAGAGCAAGCUAAGUUCAGAACGAAUCCAUUGAGAGUUAAAAAAAUAUAUGUUCUUGCUGCGUUAUUGAUAGAGGAUCAUAUUAACAGCAUACCAACGAUAAAAGGAGGGCGUAGCAAUGUCGUGAUGGGUUUAAUGGAAAGCAACGAAGAUACAAAAAUAAUAGAAAAUGCUUGGCGUGGUGCUGAGGCAUAUCAUUUUCUUUUAUUAGCUCAUAGACAAAUCUACGAUUGUAAUUUCGAUGCCUCGAUGAAAACUGCUUUGAGACUUAGAGAAUACGAAGAUAUUUUAGAAUUAGAAGAUAUUUAUUGUCUACUUGCAUUAUCAAGCGCAGUUAAUCAUGCUUUCGCUACGUGUUCUAAAGCAUUUAUUAAACUGGAAGCUUUCGAAACUAUUCCAGAGUCAAAAAGAGAAGAGUAUGAAGAAUUGGCCGUAAAUAUUUUUACUAAACAUAAUCCUAAGGACACGCGUAAUGUAAAAGCUGAAUGCGUCAAUUGCGAAACUUUAAUACCCGAUUGGUGCGUUAUAUGUCCAAAUUGUAUGACCAGAUUUCCGGCUUGUAUAGUGUCUGGUAAACCUUUGAUGGAUCUCAGUAAUGCUUGGACUUGUACCGUUUGUAGACAUCAUGUAGCUACUGAACGUGAUGUCGUUAAUAUUAAUGCUUGUCCAUUGUGUCAUAGUACGAUCACGUAUAUGUAGAAUUAAUUAUUCUAUUAUAUUCUUAUAUAAUCAUUGUUAUCUGUAUUCCGUCCAACGUUAUAGUACAAAACUAUAAUAAUAAUAAGUAGUUUAGUUUCUUUAUCACGAGUGCACAGUUACAAUAUUCUACCAAUAAACGAGCACUCGUUUGAUCUCAAAUAUUAGACUGUAUUUUAUAUUUCUUAUAUACAAGAAAUAAUAUUAUUAUAAUGAAUAACAAAAUCCGUC